AUGUCGGACCACGACACCAAAAUGCAGCCCGGCGGCAAACUGCGGCUCUUCACGAGCCCGCUAGUGUACCACGGUGAUGACGAGGCUCGGAGCCUCGACCGCGUCAUCACGGACAGCGACGGCGACAGCGACGGCGACAGCGACAAGGGCGGCCGCCGUCCCCCCCGGGACCUCCCCCGGCUCGUGCGGCGCGAGGAGCCCAGCCUCUUGGAGGUCUUCUUCGACCUCUUCUUCGCCGCCAACUACAACGUCUUUUCCGAUAACCAGGAAGUCACCAACCACGCCCGGUUCAAGGCCUAUAUCGGCUUCUUCUUCCUCCUGUGGGUGACAUGGCUUGUUGUCACGCUCUUCGACGUUCGGUACGUCACCGACAGCAUCUUCUCUCGUCUGACGAGGGCCAUUCAGCUCGGCGUCAUGGUUGGCUUCACCGUUGUUGCCCCCAAGUUCAACCCGACGGACCAGGAUAAAGAGACGAUGCAGGCAAUGUCGCUCAUCCUCUUUUUCUCCCGCGCGUGCCUGGCCAUUGAGUACGGCGCGACGCUAUGGCACGUCAGGCGGUUCGAAAAGGCUCGCAUUCCCCUAUACAUUCAAAUCGCCGUUCACACCGUCGCUGCCAUCAUCUAUUUUGGCAUCACUUUUGGAUUUAAAGAGGACCGAAAUAGCCGCAUCUUUAUCUCGUGGUACUUUGUUUCGGGCGCCGAGGCUAUUAUUACCAUUGCUAUUUCCAACUUUUACGCUAUCCUUAACUUCACCAAGACGCACAUCAUGAAGCGCCUCACGCUUUUAACCGUAAUUAUCAUUGGCGACGGUAUUAUCCAGGUGGCUAGGGAGGUCGUCACCAUUGUCAAGCACCCGGAUGCCUGGGACAAGGCGACGAUUGGGCUCGUCACGGCCGCUACGGCCACCAUCUACUUUAUCUUCCUUGUCUACUUUGACUGGCUACGGUCCUCGUUCUACCUGCCCCCCCUGCGCCAGCAGCUCUGGAUAGGCAUACACCUGCCCUUCCACCUUUCCCUCAUCCUCUUCACCCAAGGCUUUACGCAGUUCCUUCUCUGGUCUAAGAUUAUCGACGUGCUCAAUAAGCUAAGCUCGGGCCUUAGCCGGGCUAAUAGUGACUGGCUCUUUAACGCCACCAGCAAGCAGGUACAGGGCAGCCUCAAUAAGUCGGCGCAAGUCUUCUUUCUCGAUUUCCCACCCAGGAUCGCCAGCACUCAGGAUACCGUUAAUAAUGCGCUCGCCAACAUCUCCCAGAUACCCGACUCCUUCUGGCCCGACCUCGCUAACUACUACCGCACCGACGACACAGCGGCCCUUCAGGAUACCGACCUCCAAUCCUACGAUGUCUUCUCCAACGCCCUCCAGGCCGCAAUGUCCUCCAUGGCCAACGCCCUGUUCGCCACCUUCGGCGUGGGCCUAGAGAGCGAGGUCACAACCAAAAACCUCCAGGUCGGCCAAGACAUCGAGGGCAGCGGUUUCCAGGGCCAGGUACAGGACAAGACGUUGGAACGAUACAAGCUCGUGUUUGCCUACACGUACGUCGCCGGCGGAUGCACCCUCUUCUUUAUGAUGUUCCUAGCCAUCAUUGCGCGCACGACGCCGCUCAAGCCCUGGCCUAUUAUCCGCCUUACAAUCAUCUUCCUCCUCGCCCUCGGCACCAGCCUCACCGCCCUCCUUUUCUACAGCCCCCAAAAGGCCUUUGACUUCCUCCAGACGCUCUGGGUCCUGCCCGUCAUCACCUUUGUCUGGGCCAUUGUCCUCGUCGUCACUCACAUCAACGGCGGCAAUGUCGGUCACCACGUGCGUCACUUCCGUCGCCGCGGCCGGCCCAGCGCCUCUGACUACGUCCCGCCGACCCCGGCUGGCGGCUGGACCAACGACACGCGGAGGACGGGCAAGGAGCAACAGGGGAUGGAUGUAAACAGUUAG